UCCAAGGUCUUCAACUUCACCUUAGCAUUUUCACAAAUACUUCUACUUCAUUUCCCAGUUGUAUUUCAUCCACAAAGCAGCUGCUCUCCACCAAUUCGGAAUCAGCAGUGAUGGGUAUUCGAUUGCCAUCCAUGAUUCUUCAUCCCAAGCAACUCCUGAAACUGCAGAGAAAUCAAUCAGGUGUGCCAAAAGGCCAUAUUGCAGUAUAUGUUGGAGAGGUUCAGAGAAAGCGAUUUGUUGUGCCCAUAUCUUUCUUGAACCAUCCAUCCUUCAUAGACUUGCUAAACAAGGCAGAAGAAGAGUUCGGCUUCCAUCAUCCCAUGGGAGGUUUAACAAUACCAUGUGAAGAAGAAGCAUUCAUUGAUCUUACUUCUAGAUUGAAUUCCUUGUGAAGAAGAGAAAAGAAAUAGGAGAAACGUCUGCAACUUUGAUUACCCUUUGUAGAAUAGAAAACCUGUAGAAUAUUCCAUGUAUGUGUAUAAUCUCCUCAGAUUUUCCAGAGGUAGAUUUCAAUCUCAGGCAUCUCCAAGUUCUCCAUAGUUUUACCCAUAAAAUCUACUUGUGUAUUAAUAUAAACAACAUGAAAUCAGAAAAAGAGAAGAGAGAGAGAGAACAGUAACCACUGAACAAUAAUUAACAGACAAUUCU